CCAUAUUCCCCUGGGCAGAUGUUAAGGUUUCCGCCUAUUUUUUACGUCUUUGUAGGCGGUUUUAUCCGGCUUUCUUGUUUUUACCGGCAUUCUUUUCUUUACCUGUGGCGUUUUGGAUAACUGUCCUGCCAAUUUCAUACUGUUUUGACAAUUUGAUACCGUCUAAGCAGUGCUAAUCAAGCCGCCAAAAGAUCUGCCUGGAGGUUAAAAAGACUACCUGGCUGCCGUUUCCACCACGUAAACAUGAAGCCCUGCGUCUUGCUGUUAGCCGCCUUCUUACUCAAGGUGCUGGUCUCGAGUCCCGGAGGUCAAGCUCAAACAACAGGUUGCCCAGACGGGUACGUUUACCAUCAGCCUAGUCGCCUGUGCUACAAGGCCUUCAACGACAGGACAACCUACAUCGGUGCAGUCGCGAGGUGUUCUUUAGACGGGGGGACCCUUGCCAUGCCCCGCGACACUGCAACCAACGAGUUCCUCAUCGAUCUGAAAAAUGCCGUCGACGUGAACGGUUGGUUCCGCUUUGGACUGACAUAUCACAAACAGGAGGGAGUUUGGGUGUGGGACGAUAACGUUCCUCUGGGCGACUUCAGAGCUUGGGGUCCAGGAGAACCCAACAACGAUGGUGGCGAUAGCGAGGAGUGUGCCGAGUACUUUCCCGAAUUCUGGUUCAAAAAGAACACGUGGAACGAUGGAUCGUGUACUGAAGCCGGGAAGUUCAUCUGUCAAGUCUCUCCAUCAGGCAGGUCUCCGGAGGGCAGUAGUCAACAACCCACGCAACCACCCACGCAACCGGCGACACAACCGACAACUACUCAAGGUUAUACUACUGAAGAAAAUUUGAGUAGUCAUCAUCCGGUUGAAGUUGGCAGCCGACCAAGCCGGCAAGUGCCUGCAGACGAGAAAGUGGGGCCUGGUGUUCUGGCGGGAGUUGCCAUAGCGACGGCAGUCGUCGGUUUCUUCCUCGGAGUGGGGGUGAGCCAGCUGGUGCAGUGGUGCCGUUCCAAGCCGGAGGGCCAAAGUUCAAGGCAGGCUGGUUUGGAAGGU